AUGCAUCAAAAGACUGUUCAACAAACGUUAUUGAUGUUAUAUUUUCUCUUGAGUUAUAAUGGGGUGAAAGGACAAAAAAAGCUAUCCAAAUUAGAGGAUGUGGAGUUAGAGAAACAACUGAAAAGUUUGAACAAGCCGGCCGUCAAAACAGUAAAGUUGAAGAUUGAGCAGAUGAAAUCUACUUUAUCUAGAAUCAAGAAAGAUUCAACUUCCUCAUUGGCAACUAAUAGGUCAUCGACAAUAUGGUCUAAAGAUGGAGGAUGUCCUUUUGGAACUAUUCCUGUUAAGAGAAUUACAAGAGAUGAUCUUAUAAGAUUAAGACGUAUUCCCCCGCCAGAAGAUGUCACAUUCGAAGAUGAAUAUGAUGUUGUUGCAAUAGCUGGGCUUCCAUAUAAUCCAAAUAGCAAGUUUGCGGGAGCUGGAAUGGAUACUGUUUUGUACAAUCCUCAAGUUAAUGGACAACAACACAGCGGAUCUCGACUAAAAAUUCAAAAAGGAUCAGAUAUCUUACAAGUUGGUUGGAGAGUGGACCCAACGUUAUACGGGGAUGCUAAAACUAGAUUUUUUAUACAUUUCCAGAUUAUUGCCACCUAUGACACCUAUGACUGUAUACUGCAGAUUAUUUUUCAAUAUGCAAUAUAUCUUGUAAGUUACGAUAUCGCUCGCACAAGAAUCAAAAUCAGAAUCAGAAUCAGAAUCAGAUAG